AAAUAAGUGUGAGUUAGGGACUUAAUGGUGAGAAAACAUUAUUAAUGGAUCUAACCGUCAGUUUUUCAAACUUUAAAGGGGUUAAAAAUCUUUUUAGAUAAGGUCGGCUGACUCAUUCCUUUUUAUCUUUUUCUUCUUUCCUUCUUUCUUCCCAGCCAUUUUCGUGUCUGCUCUGUUUUCUUUCUCCCCUCAGCCGAAGUGAACCCAGCCAUUUCCAGCGCCUUCAUCCGAAAAAUUGAAAAGCCGCCGGAUCUGCUCUGCUUCUCCCUUCCCUGCUACCGGCUGUUGCUGGGUAUAAGCUUCGGUUUUUCCUGUGGCCCCGUGAAAGUCCCCUAAUUUUUCCCGCCGGCUCUUCCCCAUACCGCCAGCUCCAGCCUUGCUUGCUGAGCAUUUCUGGUAAGUUGGCUUCUCUAAUCUCCGAAAAUUGGUGGAUUAAUUGCUGCUUGUGAGCUUAAUUGGUUGUGUGGGUGUUUGGGUUGUCCAAAAACAAGAUGCCGGAGGUGGGGGAUGAGUUUUGGCAAUUUGAAAAUGGAUUGGUUGAUGAUUUAAGUAGAAAAUCCUUAAUUUGGCUGUUGUGUGUGUGUCUGAGAAAAAGGGAGGAAAAAUUCUGUGAAAUUGCCAUUUUUUUGUCAAAGCCGGUUCUCCCAAAUUCCUGUCCAUUAGUUUGAGAAAUUGUAUAUCUGUAAUUGUGUAAUUGUGUAAUUGUGUAUACAUAGAUAUUAAUUGGGAACAUUGUGAUUAGGUCCUUGAUUGUCUUGUGGCCUUAGCACUGGGAUUAGGCCUUCUGUCCUGUGUAAUUAAGGUAGUGAGACCCGACGCGUGGGAAGCCUGGGGGAGUGACGAGCUAGACGGCUAGGCACUUUUGGACUUAGGUUUUUGUAGCUAAGCCGUUAGUCACCCAUGCUUGACAUAGAAAAUUUUGUGUACAGAAUUUAGUGCUAGUCAUGAUUGUAUAUAUGAAGUGAUAAAUAUUGUACAUUCGA